UGUACAACUCUCAACUCCUAUUUCUUCCACCAUUUCCAGUUUCACAGAGUACUUUGCAAGCUGGUGUUCAGCCCCAAACCACAUACACUUUUGUUUUUUAACUACUUUUAUUGCACUGCAGCUCCUGUGAUAAUAUGAUGUUGGCAAAGAUCUUUCCCGCUGUUGUGCAGCCACGCUGCCUUGCAGGAUUAGGGCCUGUUAUUGCCAACAGGGGAGAGAAACGGGGACGCUGACAAUGUAGUAAGGGGGAAAUGGCAGUCAAAAUAGUAAAUAACAAAGUCCGACAAUGAAUUUGGAAGGCAGCUGAGAUGUUUACACAAGAGGCUUUUUAGAAAACCUUGCAGUAAUAUAACGCCCGAGCCUUGUUCAAUAGGGCUGUGGCUGAUUUGGUUGCACUGCAGUAAAUACUCGGGCUUCAAAAAUAUUUUCUUCAAUAUUUGUAGGUCAAGCAUAAUCUGAACUCUCAGGCUUUUAGGCCUGGGAUUUAACGGAGGAUGCCAGCUUAAUUAUGGCUAUUGGAUUUGGCCUGAGACAGGGACAUAUUUAAAAAAAAAUGUACCUAUAGAUUAAAAAGAGUAUGUGCUUGAAGCACAUCAAAAGACUUUCUGAACACGCUUACAAAGAACACGCUAUGAACAACGAGCAGCUGUGCUUGUUUCAGAAGAGGAACCAUUUGCCAGCAGCAGAGCAGCGUGUGGGGACCGUUUUGAUUGUAACUCAAGAAAUACCAGCUGUCGAGUCCGAGCUGUUGAAAACAGAGGCCAAGUGUCUCUCUUAAGAGUGUGAUCCACGCCCCGCUCUGCAUUCCUGUUAGGGACUGAACUUGCUGCUAGGCAACUCUGUGACCCUCCCAUUCAGCGAUAGUCCAACAGCCUUUGAUUUCUUUCUAAAUCUCAUGCAGAUCAAUGAGACAGGAUGAAAUUAACAGACCCGUGUCUGAGUUCUGAAGGAGCUGAAGUUAUCUUAGCCACAUCAAGCGAUGAAAAAUAUCCCCCUGAAAACAUCAUUGAUGGAAAUUCAGAAACGUUUUGGACGACAACAGGAAUGUUUCCACAGGAAUUCAUUAUCAGUUUCCAUAAAUGUGUAAGAUUCAGCAAACUCACGAUCCUAUGUUACUUAGUGCAGACUAUAAGGAUUGAAAAAAGCUUAUCUAAGGAUCCAGUAGAUUUUGAGAAGUGUGUUGAAAAAGAUUUUCAUUAUUCAGAAGGGGAGCUUCAAACGGAAGAAUUUUCAUUUCCUGAUUGCCAAGCUACCUACUUGCGAUUCGUCAUCAAAUCAGGUUUUGAUCACUUUGUGUCAGUGCAUAGGGUGAUGGUAGAUGGCAUGGCAGAAGACAUGUAAACCCCAGUUUAAAUCAUUACCUGAAAACAUGUUGUGUAAUAACCUGUGUAUUCCUACUUGUAACAUAAAGAAUAUUAUUAAAUCAUUACACUAAAA